AUGCCCGAUAUCGAUCCACAGCCGUCCUCCGGCGCACGGAGAAGGCUUCAAGGCGCCUGGGCAAGAAUUCUCAUCCAGCAAGAGAACAGUGGCGAACCAGGGACAGGCACAGGCAUAGGCACAGGAUCAGAAACUCGACGGAGCCGAUACCUCAGCAGCCCCGAUCUGGCGCCCGUCCAUCCUAGCAGGCGCACUUGGAAGCCGAUCAACUUCAUCACCUUCUGGGCUUCAGCGUCAUUCAAUGUCAACACCUGGCAGCUUGCAGGGAGUUUCGUGGAGAGCGGGUUGGCAUGGUGGCACGCCUGGCUUUGUAUCUGGAUCGCCUAUCUCGUCACCGGCCUUCUGAUUGCCGCCGGUGGCCACCCGGGAGCCAAGUUCUCUGUGCCCUUUCCCGUGGCGAUCCGCUCCGCCUUUGGUGUCUACGGCGCUGUAUGGCCAGUCUUCAAUCGUAUCAUCCUCGCCAUCAUCUGGUAUUCGGUUCAGAGCUGGAUUGGAGGAGAAUGCGUCUACCUCAUGCUGCGCGCCAUUUGGCCAUCGAUCGCUCAUCUCCCGAACCAUAUCGCGGCCUCGAUGCAGACCGACUCGGGCCACAUGCUGGCCUUUUUCGUCUUCUGCUUCUUCCAACUGUUCGCCCUGUGGUUGCCCAUCGAGAAGACCAGGCAUCUGUACUCGGUCAAAGCCAUUGCUGCCAUUAUUGCAGGCGUGCUCUUUGCCGUGUGGGUUGCUCUUAAAGCUGGACGUGGACCUGGCUUGGUAAUGACUGGCAAGUCCUCCAUCCACGGUGCUUCUCUGUUCUGGGCGCUCCUAUCGGCCUUCAUGUCGUCAUUGAAUAAUUGGAGCACAUUCAUUCUGAACGACUCGGACUUUUCGCGAUUCGCCCGCAAACCGUCGGACGCGAUCUGGUCGCAGAUGGUGGCGCUCCCACUGUGUUUCAGCCUGACCUCGCUCAUCGGAUUGGUCGUCUCGAGUUGCAGUGCAAACAUUUAUGGUGCUCCGCUGUGGAAUCCUUUGGAUGUCCUGAGUCGUUUUCUCGACAGUCAGCCUUCCUCGUCGUCCCGAGCCGGGGUGUUUUUCCUCGGGCUGGUUUUCGCAUACGCCCAAGGGUUGACCAAUCUAGCCUGUGCGAACUCGGCAGGAAGUGAUCUGACGGCCUUGUUCUCUCGAGUCAUCAACAUUAGACGAGGAGGAUAUCUCACUGCAGCCUUGUCUCUCUGCUGCAUGCCAUGGCUACUCUUGUCCAGCAGCAACAACUUCUUGAGCUAUGUCAACUCGUAUAGCGUUUUCAUCUCGGCUUUCGUGGGCCCGUAUUUCUGUGAUUACUUCAUUAUCCGCAGAACCCGACUCGCCAUUCCAGAACUCUAUUCCGGUGCUCACGACGGCUUGUACUGGGGAUGGAAGGGAUUCGGAGUCAAUGGAUGCUUGGCUUACUUAUCAGGAGUGGCGUUCAACAUAGUAGGAUUUGUGGGCGCGAUCGGAGCCUCCGUCCCCGCCGGCGCUGACUACCUCUUUCGAUUCAAUUUUAUAGGAGGCUUCUUGGUCAGCGCCACCGCGUAUUACUGCUUGAGUGUCUUUGGCCCGUUCAGGAUCAGCAAGCCUGCGAUAUCCCCACGCAGCUCGACCUCUGGUUCAGGAGCAAUGGAAGUCCCUGAUGUUCACGACAUCAAGCUCUUUUCACACAGUGCCUCGGUCUAA